GUUCAGUGUUGGACAAAGGGAGACAGGAGACUAGCUCUAUGCUAUCGUGUUUGCAAGCUAGCGAGAGUGAAGACUCGGAAGUGAUACCUCUGCCGUCGCACGGUUAAAGUUUACCAGUUCCGCUUUGUUGUUAUGUUAUGUUUACCGUUUUAAUAGAAAGCCUAAAAUAUGUCAACCCCACAGGAAGACGAAAUGGCAACAGUGCCGUGUGUCCUUAUUACGAGUUGUGAUCCAGGGUUCAAAGAGGAAGAGCUGGUCAAACAGAUCUUGGGUGUUUCUUCGUCGCCUGCGCCCUCCGAACAGCAGGGGGCAGUGAGCUGGUAUCCCUGGACCAUCAAUAAUAAGUACUACACAGCCGACGUCAGCCUAUGUGUUGUGCCCAGCACCUUUCAGAUGACCAGAGAGAUUGCCCAGUCGAUGCAGGCCUUCAUCGUGUACUUCGACAGUGCCACGGUCGGGGGUUUGGACAGGGUGUCUUCAUGGCUGCCCAUUGUUGAGGAUCUGGCUCCGGAGGUGCUGAUCCUGGUGUGUGACCGUGUGUGUGACAGUGGAGUCGGGAGGCAGCAAGCGCAGCAGUGGUGUCUGGCUCAUGCCUUUGAGCUGGUGGAACUCAACCCUGAAGACCUGCCGGAUGAGGAUGAUGACUUCCCGGAAUCAACCGGAGUGAAGCGGAUUGUCCAGGCGCUCAAUGCCAACGUGUGGUCGAGUGUGGAGAUGAAAGACGAACACAACCAAGGGUUCGGCCUGAUGAGCAGCCUCGUGGCCUCCCGGCACAACAACCCCCGCCCCAGCCAGGAGCCGCCGUCCUCCCAUCUGCCAGUAGAGGGCGGCGUUGCCAGCACAGCGCUCCAGAGGGCCGAGACGGCAGUGAACGGCGACUCCCCGGCAGAUUCGCGAGUGGACCCCUUGACAGACAUGGACAUCCAGGAGCUGGCCAGCCUCACCACAGGGGACCCGGACGUGGAGAACUUUGAGCGCCUCUUCACCAAGCUUAAAGAGAUGAAGGAUAAAGCUUCAUCCUUACCUCACGAGCAGAGGAAAGUUCACGCCGAAAAGGUUGCCAAAGCGUUCUGGAUGGCGAUUGGUGGGGACCAGGAUGAGAUCGAUGGCCUUUCCUCAGGGGAAGAGAGCUGAGGCCUGGUUGAUGCCGGCCCAGACGACGCCCCUCCCUCACUUGUGCAGUUACCGGCCGCUCUGGGCACACUCCCUUCUCUGGACUCCCGCUGGGCGCAGAACGCCCUCUGCAGGCCGAGCUUCCUCCGCUCAAACGGAGCGGGAGCCAGAGGGGGAGCUUAAGUGACCGAGUGGAACAGGCUCUAAUUUUAUUUUCCACCAUUCCAAUUUCCCCUCUCUGCCUGAAACAACCUUAAUUAUCUGGCACUGGCCAAUCACAGCUGCUGGUUCAGUUUAAAACAAAAAAUGAAAAAAGAAAGAAAGGAAAAAAAAAAAAGGCCCAAGAUGACCACUCUACCAAUGAGAGGAAGGGGCAGCCAAGAAGAACUGUGCUGGAAAAAUACAGUUCUCCCUUUGGACAGGUUUGCACCACCGUUUUGAUUGGUACUUUCGCUGAAUCCCUCAUUUUCACUUCCUGUAAUGCUGGGGAUUUAUAAUGAAUGUGAUGGCCACACUAAUGUGUAAAGCACUGCACUGACUUAGGUUUGAUGGCAUUUUAUUCUGUGCAUCUUAAGACAAUACAAUUUAUCUUAAAAUACUGCUGCCCUUCUACAAAACUAGGGUGUGUGUGUGGGGGAAAAACCACCUAAACCAACCCACCCCCCAUCCACCCCCAUAGUAUAACAAAUACCCUUUUCACCAUUGUGUGCAUACAGUUCAUAUGUAACCUGUCAUUAAUCUUGCCUACAUACCUUUCCCAUAACUGAUCAAAGAAACCAUGUGAAAAUGUCAUUUUGUCGUGUAAAAACAAUAAAGAAAAGAAACAAGAA